AAUAAAUAAAAUAAAAACACUACUUUAGCCCGGGAAGCAGUAGCCUAAACUCAAGAUGAGUAUAAAUUGUGAAGGCGACGAGUGACUGUCCAAACCUCUCUUCUCGUCGGCAUCGGUCUCUGAAGCAACAGACUUCAUUCAUUCCACAGAAACCCUAGUUGAAUAUCAAACAGUUGCCUCAAUUUCUCUGGCUGACUUAAAUACAGUUGCCUCAUUUCUGGAUUGCAAUGGACACUAUUAAACAUGAGAAAGUAAGGAGAUUUGAGGAGUUUGUUGAUCGCCGUCUGAAACCAGAUCUUGUUCAUGCAAUUGCUGAACGGGACAAGGUCUUUGAGCAGCAAAAGAUUUUCUCAGAUUUGAGAAGCAAUAUAGAGAAUUUGGAGAAAAACAGUGUAACUAAUAUGAGGACGCUGGUUAAUCUUGGCUCUGAAGUAUAUAUGCAAGCUGAUGUGCCAGAUACAACACACAUAUUUGUCGACGUCGGACUUGGAUUUCAUGUAGAGUUCACUUGGUCGGAAGCUCUAAAGUAUAUAUCAGCAAGGGAGGAGAAAUUAGCCAGGCAAAUAGAGGAAUAUACACGUCUAAUUGCAUCAAUUAAGGCCCAGAUCAAGAUGGUUCAUGAAGGGAUACGUGAGCUGCUCCAGCUUCCGGCAGAGCCAGCUUACUAAGGUGUACAUGUUAUAAAUUGGUAAAGGAGAGGGGAUUUACAGAGACGAAGACCACCAAAAAGUGAAAAAUGAAGACUAAACUAAUUCUCUAUCCAUCAAAAUGGUGGAUGUGCAAAUGUUCUAUAAAGGACUUCUCUAUCUGUUCCUUUAAAAAAGAUCAUCUGUGGAAGAAGAGGUGUGGUUGAUUAAAAUUUCCAUCAGUUUUUUUAGAAGUUUUGGAUACUGCAUUAGGUAUCAGAACGACUGGGUUUUCUUGUGCUUAUUAGAACCAUACAACCUAUUUGACUAAUAUAUUUGAGGUCAAUGCUAAUGCCUAACUGUGUGUCUCUAUGAA